UUCCACUUACCUUACCUACCUCGCCUUGCCUGCCUUGCCUAUCUAACGUACACCGAAGAGCGUCAUAUCCAGCCUACCUAGAUACCUAGCAGCUAACUUAGCUAAUCUAGGCACCUUACCUUACCUAGGUACCUCCUAUAUAGAUAUAUGGUACAUCACCUAUUAAUAAACUCCGGGCCCGCGGGUGCGGGUGCCUGCCUGCCUACGUUAUGCAUGCAGCAUGGAUAUAUAUAUCAUGAACGCCCGCCCCCGUCCCCCCCCUUUUUUUUUAAUUUUUUUUUUUUUUUUUUUUUUUUUUACCGUCCUCGUUCUGCCCACGCCCGCUGCAGGUAUCCAGCCGUAGUUACCUGCCUGGGUGUGCCGUUUCUCUCCCCGCUUGCUUUGCUUUACCUGCUUUGUAGGUACCUAAGUCUACCUAGUUUUCUUGCUUUGCCUCCUUUACCUACUUCCUUACUUCAUCUGCUUUACCUAGGUACCUUACUUUACUUUACCUACUUACUUAAUCCCACUCACUCCCCUUUUCGUCUACGAGAUUUUAAGAAACUUCGCCCCAUAUACCAUUUUUGUUCUAAUAGGUAGUACGUCAACUUAGAUUUGGUAAAUUUGGCCGGUCCGGGGAAGAUCGGAUGACUUUGUGUGUCUCUAAAAACGCGGUCGCAUCUGUGCCAAGCUCUCUUGUCCUAGAGAGGCUACGAGGCCUUCUCUUCUUAGAACGUACUUGAGCCUCAUGUGCGUAGAUGUAUAACGUAUAUAACCUGCGACUUAUGGCAUAUCACCCGUCUCGUG